UCUCUGUGGCCGACGUGAGUAAGACAUUUAAAUGUGUUUACGGGCAUAUUCAAUCUCUCCCUAUUCCAGUCUGCUGUCACCACAUGCUUCAAGAUGGCCACCAUUUUUUCCUGUACCCAAGAAGGCAAAGAUAACUGAACUAAAUGACUACUGUCCCGUAGCACUCACUUCUGUCAUCAUGAAGUGCUUUGAGAGAUUAGUCAAGGAUCAUAUCACCUCCACCUUACCUGCCACUCUAGACCCACUUCAAUUCAAUAGGUCCAAAGACGAUGCAAUCACACUGCACACUGCCCUAUCCCAUCUGUACAAGAGGAUGUACAGAAUGUAAGAAUGCUGUUCAUUGACUACAGCUCAUUAUUCAACAUCAUAGUUCCCUCCAAGCUCAUCAUUAAGCUUGAGGCCGUCGGUCUCAACCCAAACCUGUGCAAUUGGGUCCUGGACUUUCUGAUGGGUCGCCCCCAGGUGGUGAAGGAAACAACAUCUCCACUUCGCUGAUCCUCAACACCGGGGCCCCACAAGGAUGUGUGCUCAGCCCCCUCCUGUACUCCCUGUUCACCCAUGACUGCGUGGCCAUGCACGCCUCCAUCUCAAUCAUCAAGUUUGCAGAAGACACAACAGUAGUGGGCUUGAUUACCAACAACGACAAGACAUCCUACAGGGAGGAGGUGAGGGCACUCGGAGUGUGUCAACAAAACAAAAUAAAUGAUUGUGGACUUCAGGAAACAUCAGAGGGAGCACCCCCUAUCCACAUUGACGGGACAGCAGUGGAGAAGGUGGAAAGUUUAUGUUCCUUGGCGUACACAUCACGGACAAACUGAAAUGGUCCACCCACACAGACGGUGUGGUGAAGAAGGCACAACAGCUCCUCUUCAACCUCAGGAGGCUGUAAGAAAAUUGGCUUCUGUCACCUAAAACCCUCACAAACUUUUACAGAGACACAAUUGAGAGCAUCCUGUCGGGCUGUAUCACCGCCUGGUAAGGCAACUGCACCGCGCACAACCGCAAGGCUCUCCAGAGGGUGGUGCGGUCUGCAAAACGCAUCACCGGGGACAAACCAUCUGCCCUCCAGGACACCUACACUACCCGAUGUCACAGGAAGGUCAAAAAGAUCAUCAAGGACAACAACCACCCGAGCCACUGCCUGUUCACUCCGCUACCAUCCAGAAAGCGAGGUCAGUACAGGUGCAUCAAAGCUGGAACCGAGAGACUGAAAAACAGCUUCUAUUGCUAGGCCAUCAGACUGUUAAACAGCCAUCACUAACACAGACUCGAAAUCAUUGGCCACUUUAAUAAAUUAAUCAGUAGUCACUUUGUGCAGGUCUACAAUUUUAUCCCUGAUGUCCUUACACAGCUCUCUGGUCUUGGCCAUUGUGGAGAGGUUGGAGUCUGUUUGAUUGAGUGUGUGGGCAGGUGUCUUUUAUACAGGUAAUGAGUGGAGAACAGGAGGGCUUCUUAAAGAAACUAACAGGUCUGUGAGAGCCAGAAUUCUUACUGGUUGGUAGGUGAUCAAAUACUUAUGUCAUGCAAUAAAAUUCAAAUGAAUUACUUAAAAAUCAUACAAUUUGAUUUUCUGGAUUUUUGUUUUAGAUUCCGUCUCUCACAGUUGAAGUGUACCCAUGAUAAAAAAUUACAGACCUCUACAUGCUUUGUAAGUAGGAAAACCUGCAAACUCGGCAGUGUAUCAAAUACUUGUUCUCCCCACUGUAUGUGUAUAUACUGUAUUUUAUGCCAUCUGUUGCAUCUUGCCUAUGCCGCUCGAUCAAUGCUCCCUGAACUUGUUCUCAACUAGCCUACCUGGUUAAAUAAAGGCAAAAUAAAAGUGAUGAGCUUGGAGGGCACUAUGGUGUUGAACGCUGAGCUGUAGUCAAUGAAGUUUACAUACACCUUAGCCAAAUACAUUUAAACUCCGUUUUUCACAAUUCCUGACAUUUAAUCCUAGUAAAAAAAUCUCUGUCUUAGGUCAGUUAGGAUCGCCACUUUAUUUUAAGAAUGUGAAAUGUCAGAAUAAUAGAGAGAAUGAUUUAUUUCAGUUUAGAUUUUUUUCAUCACAUUGACUGACAGUGGGUCAGAAGUUAACAUACGCUCAAUUAGUAUUUGGUAGCAUUGCCUUUAAAUUGUUGGGUUAAACGUUUUGGGUAGCCUUCCACAAGCUUCCCACAAUAAGUUGGGUGAAUUUUGGCCCAUUCCUCCUGACAGAGCUGGUGUAACUGAGUCAGGUUUGUAGGCCUCCUUGCUCGCACACGCUUUUUCAGUUCUGCCAACAAAUUUUGUAUAGGAUUGAUGUCAGGGCUUUGUGAUGGCCACUCCAAUACCCUGACUUUGCUGACCUUAAGCCAUUUUGCCACAACUUUGGAAGUAUGCUUGGGGUCAUUGUCCAUUUGGAUGAACCAUUUGCGACCAACCUUCAACUUCCUGACUGAUGUCUUGAGAUGUUUCAAUAUAUGCUUCAAUGUUCCUCGGCUAACAAGCCUCCCCCUGUUUCCUCCAAACAUAACGAUGGUCAUUAUGGCCAAACAGUUCUAUUUUUGUUUCAUCAGACCAGAAGACAUUUCUCCAAAAAGUACGAUCUUUGUCCCCAUGUGCAGUUGCAAACCGUAGUCUUGCUUUUUUAUGGUGGUUUUGGAGCAGUGGCUUCUUCCUUGCUGAGCGGCCUUUCAGCUUAUGUCGAUAUAGGACUCGCUUUACUGUGGCUAUAGAUACUUUUGUACCCGUUUCCUCCAGCAUCUUCACAAGGUCCUUUGCUGUUGUUCUGGGAUUGAUUUGCACUUUUCUCACCAAAGUACGUUCAUCUCGAGGAGACAAAAAACGUCUCCUUCCUGAGCGGUAGGACGGCUGCGUGGUCCCAUGGUGAUUAUACUUGCGUACUAUUGUUUGUACAGAUGAACGUGGUACCUUCAGGCAUUUGGAAAUUGCUCCCAAGGAUGAACCAGACUUGUGGAGGUCUACAAUUUAUUUUCUGAGAUCUUGGCUGAUUUCUUUUGAUUUUCCCAUGAUGUCAAGCAAAGAGGCACUGAGUUUGAAGGUAGGCCUUGAAAUACAGGUACACCUCCAAUUGACUAAAAUUGUCAAUUAGCCUAUCAGAAGCUUCUAAAGCCAUUACAUAAUUUUCUGGAAUUUUCCAAGCUGUUUAAAGGUGCAGUCAACUUAGUAACUUAUGUAAACUUCUGACCCACUGGAAUUGUGAUACAGUGUGAAAUAAUCUGUAUGUAAACAAUUGUUGGAAAAAUUACUUGUGUCAUGCACAAAGUAGAUGUCCUAACUGACUUGCCAAAACUAUAGUUUGUUAACAAGACAUUUGUGGAGUGGUUGAAAAAUGAGUUUUAAUGACUCCAACCUAAGUGUAUGUAAACUUCUGACUUCAACUGUAUUUAUGUGUACAUUUUCUUAUUCCAUCCCUUUAGAUUUGUGUGUAUUAGGUAGUGGUUGUGGAAUUACUUGUUAGAUAUUACUGCACUGUUGGAUCUAGAAGCACAAGAAUUUUGCUACACUCACAUUAACAUCUGCUAACCAUGUGUAUGUGACCAAUAAAAUUUGAUUUGAACAAAGAGAGCAGCAGUGCCUGGACUUUGCAGUCUUCCUCUCCAAGCCCCCCUUCUGAGACUGGCUGUCUGUUGAGAACAAGUGACAGACAGAACCUUUCAACCAUCUCUAUAUUCCAAACACCAGAAUGCAGUUUUUUAGUCUAUGAUUGCCAUGUGAGUGGUCAAAAAAUCUUAGAAAAUAAAUGAAUCACACAAUUGUACCAAAAGCGAUCAAAGGUUAUGUAUUACAAUCUUAAUAUUGCCAGGUUGGUUGUCACAGCUGUUUCACAGGGUAAUGUUAUUAGUUGUAAAUUAUCCUUUGAUCGUAGAUAUUUGCUCCACGUUAUUGUUGUAUUCUAGGACCUACAAUAGAUGUUGCAUAGUACACAAUGCUGUACUAAUGAGCUAUGCGAGAUAUAAAAAUAAUAAUUGGGGGACUACUGAAAUUAUAUUAUUUCAGUGUAGAUAAGGGAAAGGGGUAGGUUAAAAUAAAAACAUGAGAGCCAGACAAGCUAUCAAACGAAUUUGCACAUAAAUGGAGUAGAAAUUAGCUGACUUCGUGAUGUGUAAGGAUCUGCAUCCAUAAAUUCAGCUUGUCAUGGAUGGAAGCUCAAGUUGUGGAUGGCCAUGUGCAGGCGAUAGUUCACCACAGCCCCGCUCACCUCCUGAGGCCCUCCUGGUGAAGGUGCAGCCUGUCGUGGAUCAAAGCCCAGUGGACACUUCAACACAGAUAUGGACACGGCCCCUCUCCCCCGAAGACCUCCUAAAUCAGAUGCAGCUGCUCCGCCAAGAGCUUGGCGAGUUGACUGCAUUAAUGCAGCCUGUCGUGGAUCAAAGCCCAGUGGACACUUCAAUACAGAUAUGGACACGGCCCCUCUCCCCCGAAGACCUCCUAACACGGAUGCAGCUGCUCCGCCAAGAGGUUGUGGAGCUUAGUGCUUCUAUCAGCCAAGUUCUGGAUGAACCCGAGACAAGCUAUUUGGACGCACCGACACCACCUCUCCCUAAAGCCGCCUGGGCCUCCAAGGGUGAGCCUCAGAGGGCCCUGAGCCGGUCCUCCAUCUCUAAGAGUGUGGGCAUGUCAUGGCCGUACUCCAUCUACCCUCACUCUGACCUCAUCGGCCAACCAGUUCCUGAGGAGAAGCCUGUGGUAAUGGUUGACAAGGCUUCCUCAACGCCCAAGAAGAUGUCUUUCUGGAGGAGGCUGGUAUGUUGUUUUGGGAAGAGGAACAAGACUGGAUCCACUAAGAACAACAAGGUCAAGAAGAAGACCAAGGCAAAGGGGGAGAAGACCAAGGUCCAGGAGAAGACCAAGGUGGAGAAGGACACUGCCAUGACCAGGGGAUGUUUCUCUACGUAUUUCAACCUCAUAAAACUGCUCACAAAGUAAUACGACAAACGGGUGAAGAAGUGAACCAGGACUUUUAUCGAAUUGUUUUUCCUAAAGAGUCAGCGGGAAAAACCUGGUUGCCUGAUCCAAAGACAAACACAUCCUUUCCAUCAGAAUAUCACGAAUGGGAGAGAUCAUAACAUACUUAUCAAGGCUGGGGUGGUUAAUGUUGUUAAUCAUGUUUUCAAUAAAGCUUUAUAAAUGA